UUUAGUUUUAAUAAUGAUUUGAAAGCCAAAAACGACAAAACUCAACAGCUCCGUGCCGCUUAACUUCGCCCUCGUAAACAAAUUGGGGUCGCGCUGAACCUAACUUUCCGGCAAAGCUCAGUCGGAGUUUUCAUCUUCCGUCGGAAAUAGUGAUAAACUCCAUCCAGGUUUUCCUUUAGAUAUUUAUUUUAUACUUAAGGAUUUUCGUCUCCUUGUUGCGCGCUCGUGAUGCAAUUCCACCCUGAUUUGCGGCCGCGAUUGCCGCUCCUGCAAGCGCACCGAUGAUUGAAUUGCAUCAUAGAAGAGCUCCACUCCGCACUGCAAUUCUGCGAUUUUCGCUUGCUAUUGACAUUAUAGUUCAGGAUACUUGAAAUAGAGGAACCAUUGUUCGUUUUGGGAAUACUGAGAGAGAAUCCAUUGAUAAUGAGGGAGCAAUCUGAUAACAGGAGUGCCAAGCCUAAAACAGGCACAAAGGAGAAGAAGAAAAUUGAGUUUGAGUUCUGCAAGAUCUGCAAUAUAAAUUACAACCAAGGUAUCCGCCACAAGUACUUCCCUAAACACAAAAUAUCCCUUUCCACCUUCCUCUCUCGCUUCCAAAGUAAACUCUCCGAUGUUCGCUCCUUCCUCAAAACACCUACCCCUCUCAGUCCUCAGCUUGCUUCCCGUAAUUGCUUCUGGUGUGUUUUCUGUGACCAAGAUAUCAACGAGCUUGAUAGUUCCUUUGCUUGUGAAAGUGCUAUUCAUCACCUGGCAAGCGUGGAACAUGUGAAUAAUUUGAAGCACUUCUUUUGGAAAUACGGUGGCGCCAUGGAUCAGCUGGACUUGUUUAAAGUUUCUGAUAAUGACGUUGCGAAGUGGGAAAAGAGGUGUGCGGCCCUUAAAAAAGAAGCUUCAUUGCAAAGUGAGGGAAGUCCUGGAGCAGUUUUUGGACCUUCAAGUGAUAUCCAUAAUCAAUUGAACAGUGGAAAUAUUGAUAGUUUUGAAAAUAUUUAUUCCCAUUCUAUGAAAUCAUAUCCAUCAAAUGUUGUUUUGCCUUUACACUGCCACACGAAUAAGUAUCAGGUAUCCUCUUCAGGCCACUCUGGAGUUGGCAAUACUGGCCUAUUAGAUAUUGAUAAGUCUUCUUUACCUUCGGAAGCGGGCUCUAGUGCAAAUCCCCUUGCUUUGCAGGAUUUUGCAGUUGGAAGGAGUAGCCAUUCUCUCCCUUGUAAUGGUGGGCAAUGGUCAAGUGAUGGCUACACGAGCAAUAAAGUGCAGCUUCUUGAUAAUGGAAAAGUGGUCAACAAUGAGAGCAGUCAGCAAGGUAUACAGAUGCUCACCCGAAUCUCUAUUGUGCCUGCUGAAAAUAGUGGUGGAAAUGUUCAUUCUGGAGCACCACCACCUUGGUUUGAAACAACUGAGGGAGUUCCGAUACAUUCUAAGCCUGUUUCAAGAGACCUUGUCUCCCAGUUAAACAAGUCAGGGAAGCACAAAAAGUUGAAUCCUAAACGAGUUGGAGCUGCUUGGGCCGAAAAGAGAAAGAUUGAAAUGGAGAUGGAAAAGAGAGGGGAGAUUGUGAGGAACGAAUGCGAUCCCAACUGGCUUCCUAAUUUUGGUAGAGUUUGGCAAUCUGGUAGCAGAAGAGAAUCAAGAAAAGAAUUUGAAAAGGAGAAACAAGAGUUGUUAAAUGUUGAAACUCAAUCUGAGCUGCCAAUCAAGAUACAACCAUAUGUUAGCAAAAGAAUGCGGAUGGAUAGUGACGUUGAGCAUGCAAGUGGGUGAAAUUUCUGUUGAGCAAACAUGUUGGGGGAAUCAUCUUUAAUGUAUAUAUGCAUUUAGUAUCUUUUACAUUGGAGACUUAACACAAUGAAACACGAUGCAUUUAGCAUCUCUUACACUCUGCAGAUUGACCCACCACUUCAACAAUGGUUCAGUAAAAAUAUGUACAUCAUCAGUACAUGCAUUAAGCAUUUACUGAGAGAUGUUGCUCUACAUCAAUGACUGUGAUCAUAGGGAAUCCAUUGUACAUUUUAAGUGAUAUCCUUUUUAUUCACUGUCAACUAGUGGGACUAGAAGGUUGUGGAGGUAAAGUUUGCUUAUAAAUAACCUGCAAUAGGUUGAGUGCUGUCUGAAUCCUGCCAUGACGGUAGCUUUAUAGCACCCAGAUGAUUAAGCACAAUUUUUGAGCAAUUGCUAAAUGUUUAAUUAGUUUUUAAACCCGUUUAUGUAUCCAUAGUAGUGUGCAGUACCUAGCUUCGAGAAGUUAAGCUGCAUUUGUCUUUCUUUGAAGUUGUUCCUUUUCUGUAAUACUUUUUCCGGGCCUUGCCUCGGAUCUUGAAGAUCGGUUAAUUCUAAAAAUUAUUCAGCAUUUUGUUUCA